UUUAUGUCCCCGUAUUAUAGCAGCAGCCAGACUUAAUUCACAGACACAGUUAAACACUCCUGUCAGUAGCAUCUGCUUGGUUGGGAAACGUUUAACCUGGAUUACCUCCCGGUGUUCUCACACUUCUUUAUUUGACUCAAGCUGGCUCGGCUUUUUUAUGAUGCUAGUUAUUGGUUGAACUGAGCCGAAAAUCGUGUUUUAUUCUCGCAUUUGUUGUGAAUAGGAGAGUGUUUAAUUCCAAGGAGUGACUUUAGUGCCAAACUCAGCAACAAUGAACAAGAACGGGAUGGUGACAGAAAUCCACACGAAGAUAAGAAAAGAGCCGUUCACUGAAAAUUACGAGCUGCUGGGCAAAGAACUGGGCAGGGGAAAGUUUGCUGUGGUGAAGAAGUGCACAGAGAAGGCAACAGGAAAGCAGUAUGCUGCCAAGUUUCUGCGAAAGAGAAGGAAGGGAGCCGACUGCCGCAUGGACAUCUUCAAUGAGAUAGCUGUGCUGGAGUUGGCCAAGGCUAACCCCUAUGUGGUGGGACUGCAUGAGGUCUAUGAAACCAACUCCGAAAUUAUCCUCGUUCUAGAAUGUGCUGCAGGUGGAGAGAUCUUCCACCAGUGCGUGGCGGAUAACGAUGAGGCCUUCACAGAGAAAGAUGUAAUACGACUGGCCAAGCAGAUCCUAAAUGGAGUGGCCUUUCUGCAUCGAAACAGUGUUGUCCAUCUGGAUCUGAAACCCCAGAACAUCUUGUUGACCAGUGCCAGACCCCUGGGCGACAUUCGUAUUGUGGACUUUGGCUUGUCCAGAAGGAUGGACAAGAUCACAGAGGUCAGGGAGAUCCUGGGUACUCCAGAAUAUGUGGCACCAGAAAUCCUGAACUAUGAACCCAUCAGCACUGCUACAGACAUGUGGAGCAUUGGGGUCCUGAUCUACGUCAUGCUGACGGGCGAGUCUCCCUUUCUGGGUGAUGACAAGCAGGAGACAUUCCUCAACAUUUCCCAAGUCAAUAUAGACUAUUCGCAGGACACGUUCGAAGGGAUCUCCUCCCUGGCAGUUGACUUUAUCAAGUCGUUAUUGGUGAAAAACCCCAGGAAGAGAGCCACGGCAGAAGAAUGUCUCAAUCACCCCUGGCUGAACCCCCACUCCCACCCACACCUCCACACGAUGUCGGCCUGCUCACUGGAUGAGCCUGAGAUGAGCCAGUCGGAAUCGGAGCCCGAGAGCCCGGCUCCUUCCCCAGAGCUGGGAUCAUUUGGAUCGUUCCUCAUGUGCCCUGGGAAGGGCGAGCUGAAGGCCGGCCGCGACGCCUUCUCCUUCAGCGAGCCGCCUUUCCCCACGCGACCUGAGAUAAAGCAGGAGCUGAUAUGCUGACACAUGUUGUACGUGUGGUGAAGGACAAGAUGGAUCCAAACUCAAUGGAGCAACAGCUGAGAGCCAGUGAGCCUACAGCUUCAGAGGCCAUGCUCUUCUCGCCUGGCUGCCUUUACUGCUGUGAUGUCUUUGAGCUGUGCUGUUUGUGGCUUCAUAACUCCACCUGUUUUUUGUGACUGUGCUUUUGAACUUAUUUGAAAAACUGCACAGGUGAAGUGGAAGUGUUUGAGGAAGGAUGAAGCAGAAGAGUGGGAGAUGACACAAGGAACUUGUUCAUACUGCACUGCUGCCUUAAGUGACAGAACUAAAAAGAGUUCAGCUGCACGCGGUCUAGUUCACCCCUGCGCUGGUUUCUUUUUACCUAUACAGCCUGUUGGACUGGAUUGCAGUUCUUUCUUUCUUCGCAUAAGACUAAUUUAUCCCUCAGUUGACCUGUACAUACUUUCUCUGUAAUCCUUUGAAGAUGGUAAAGAAUUUAAAUUUGGUUCUAUUUAAAAAAGGAAAUGCAACAAAGGGCAGCACCUAUGCUGAAGCCAGACAUUAAAUGUUAUUUUUGUCUUUUUUGAAGUUUAUUUAUGUUUGUUUCAUUUUGCCUUAGCAACAUAAAUGCCUGAGUUUAAGGCUGAAAUAGUAGCAUUCUUAUUUUUUAAGACAAUCUUGAGCACUUUUUAUUUUGUUUGUUGGAAGCAUACUCUGCUGUUGCACAGUGUGCUGUACAUAUAAACUGUUCUUCAUCCCUCUGUUUUUGCCACAUGACCAGAAUAUAAUGUGCCAUUUUUUUCAGCCUCACUUUGUUGUUAAAUCCAAUUUAAACGUUAUAUUUUGGGCUAUUGCACAGGUUGCACAAGAGGUUUUGUAUCUACUUGGAAGGUUGCUUCUGGAUUUCAUGCUCUUUGUCCUAAUGAGAGGAAACCUUUGAGGUUUGAAAGCAUCCAAUUGAUUAUUUAAUUUGUUCUGAGACCAUAAUGACAUGAUCCGUUUUUAUAUAAAUAUGUGCUUCCUGACGUCAGAUUCUUGGGAGCAGAGAAAUCAGAAUGAAUUUCUAAAAUUUAAGAAUGUACCAAGAUGUAUAUUAUGAGUUGUUGUUGGAGUUAAUCUGAAAAAAUAAAACUUUUCUACCAGUUCAACAAUGUUCAGCAUUCAUACGAUAUUCCUUUUUGUAAAGUAACUUUGACUUAUUCCUGUUGUUUUCUGCUCUUGAAUUUCAGGAAGGUUUGCACUUGUCCUUGUGGACAUCAUGUUGAUAUAAAUGUUUGUUUAUGCCAUGCAUUGCAAAAUGUACUAAGAAAAAAGAAAAUACACAUGCUUUUGUAUCAAA